AUGGUCAAGAAAGCCGAGUUACGGCGGAGUUGCGCCUUCUGCCGCGCCCGCAAGAUCGCCUGCUCCGGCGAGCGCAUUUGCACGGCAUGUCGCGAUCGGUCGAUUGAAUGUGUUUAUGGCUUGGAGGGGCCCAAGGGUCGUCCUCGUUUGAUGAGGAACUCGUCGGGUAUACCUCCUGCUGCUACUGCUGCUGCUGCUACCACCAGCCUGAUGGCAGAGCUGGAUCUCAUGUUUCGCGAGAACUUCAGUGACGAUGAUUCCACUACCCCCGCUCCAUCGAACCUAUUCCAAGACCGGGUAGCCACUUUUAAUCGGCGUCUUCUGGCCGGGAGAGCCAGCAGCCCUCAACGCUCCGCCACCUCUCCGACAGGGAGUAUCAGUUACCCCGGCUUCCUGGCUCUCGUCAUGCAAGAACUGAUUGAAACUGUCGCUGUCAAAUUCAGCAACCUCGGCUGUCAUCCCUUCUUUGGGCCCGGGGAGAGCUUUUAUCACGCCUCCAUGCUGCAGGACACGACCAAGGCGAUGUUCGAUAGUGCCCCGGCCUCCUCCGCAGACCUGGAUAUCUGGGAUGAGUAUAACCCGCAUCUCAUCUCCCAGUAUCUCGAGGUCUGGUUCAGUAGCCAUCCUUUGUCGAUAUCAAUCUCCAAAUCACUUCUUCUCCGCGAGCUGCGCAGCCAGAAGGCCAACCGGAUAUUGUUGGCGAUCCUGCUGGCGGACGCCCACCACUUUGCCGAGGAAUCUGUCAAGGGAGAUCGCCUGGUGCGGUGGGCCAUCGCGCAAUUACCCAGUAUCCCGGCGGGGAGGGGGGAUCUCACCACAGCGCAGAGUCUCCUACUUCUGGGCUGGUAUCAUGCCUGCCGCGGGCGCUCGCGUCGAGCGUUAUGCUAUGUGGGAUACGCCGGUCGUAUCCUCACGACGUUGAAGUGCCAACUGUCCGAGUCGUCUUUGGCCGGGCAGACGCACAUCAACGGUGUCGAUCAUGACGCAGUGGAGGCGGAGCUGAUUCACAACAUAUGCUGGGUGAUGCUGGCCCUCACGCUGUGGUCGUAUAUCCAGAUGGAUAUGCCGCUGGUGGAUCUCCUGCCCGCGCGGCUCAUGCAGGUACUCCCUGCCAGUUCAGAGGCCGAGUCGACGCUGCUCCAACUCGAUCGAGCGACCGAGAACCUCUCCACACUCAAGUCGCAGGUCUCUUCCUUGCAGGCGGUGUGGCUGCUGGCACAUGUCACCUCGCUGAGCGCGCGUCUGUACGCCGUCUAUCCGCGGCCCCAAUGCGGUUCUCCGCCGGUGCCGCAGCCGUGGCAGGAAGCGAUCCUGCACCGGCUCGAUCGCCUCCUGCACCAGGGCCGCAGUCUGGCGCAGGUGUGCGCGGGGGCUCGUGAAGCCCUGCGGGACGUCGUCGCGACGGUGCAGCACGAAUCCGGCGACAGCUGCGGCGGUCCCAUACUGCUCGUGUUCUACCACGCUGUCGCAUUGCAUCUGCUCUUCCCUCGCAAAGAGAUGGGACACGACGCCCCACAGGUUCUCGUCCUCAGCGACUCGCUCUUGGAGGGCCUCACAGCCUCUAUGCAUGAUCUGCAGCAGCUGUUCCCGGCGAUCCAAGCCCUCUCGCGACAUCACUUGGGGCACCCCGCUCGCACAGAAUCUGCCUCGCUGCAUUUCUAUAUCCUUGGCCUAGACGCUGCGAGUCGAGCUCUCAUGUAUAUCCUCACCCUCUGGGACCGUGCCACGACGGUGGAGCAGCAGCUCUGGCGCGAUAUCCUUCCACGGCUAUUAGCAGGGGGGCGGCUGCUGCAGGAGCUCUUCGAACACGAUACUCUGCUCAAGGAUUGCCGCUGGCGAGCGGUAGAGCGUCAGCUGAAGACCGCAUGCAGCAGAAUCGAAGGUGUGAUCUCCCGCUUCCGAGAUCAGUCCUCCCACCGCUUAUCGUUUGGUCUCACUCUGCCUGUGCCGCAGCCAUCGGCCGCGAGCAAUCCCCCCACAGAGCUGCUGUCUUUGUCUUCGUCCUCGUCGCUCGUGCCCGUCUCCUUUGAUCCGGACUUUGAGUGGUUGGACGUGCAAGACGUCACGAGCCCGCAACCUACGGCGCCCGAAUUGCGGGAUUUCGGCCUCGCGGUAUGGGCUAACCCUACCCCCCUGUUAUCAUUGAAUCCGUUCGGACUCCUGCCCGGCGUGACUGAACCAUCUGGUCUGGUUCAACCACCGACUUUCAUGCCGCUUGACGCGUACUCGGACGAUGCAAUCCUAUACCCCGUGCCCCAAUCCGUGGGCGUACUGCCAUCGACGUCGUCGGUCUCGCUGCCUGAUAUCAGUUUGGAUGGUCGACAGAGCCAGCGGAAGCGAUCAUCGAACGACCGCAGCAGUGCGGAGGUGGAUGCACGUGCGGAGGAAGGGGAUGCGUCUGGGAUGAGUCGGGUGGAGGAACCGAAGACGAAGCGCGUGAAGGGAGUUGCGUUCACAUAGCUCCUCUCAUCACGUAGGCGUGUAUUGAUCGCUGUUUCAGGUGUAGAAGUUUCUGCAUUCAGUAGUAGCUCCUAAGGAGGUUGUACGCUGACGCUGCUCGGAUUUUGUAUGGGUUGUUUUCCCUUGGCUGAAAUAACCCUCCGUCGCGCCACGGAGGUCCGUCGGGGUGUCGGAUGUGGUAGAUACUGAUACCUGUCCAUUCCAGCCACGGUAACUGCAGGCUGUACUCGGUUUUAUUGUGGUUCUGGUUAAGGGGUAGGGUGAGUUGGUAGGGUGAUUGGUACCUGUUGGUUUAUGGAUAGGUGCUUCCUGAUUGACUAGUUGAUCUUCGCGCAGAAAUACCAUGGGCAUGCUUAGCGCGUACGGAGGUGGUGUUUGAUGCUGUUGAUGAUGUUGAUGAUGUUGUUGAUGUUGCUGGUCUGGAGGUAGAUGUGGAGUAUUG